UCCUUCGGACCAAAAACCGAUUCUAGGGUUUUAACAUUGGACACGGAGACCAAAGAUGGAUCAACCACGCAUCUAAAAAAAAAAACAAAAGAUGGAUCAACCACUUCACCCAUCCGGCGACGCACAUCCGCCAUAAAUCUCCGAGCUUUUAGAAGAGGAAUCUUUGGUGCUUCUAGUUCUUGCGCAGUGAAAUUGUUCAAGAACUCUGACGCCCAGCCGCCGGCUCGAUGCAUAUCCGGCGACGCCUGCGCGGCGGCGGCGGUCGAGGCCCCAUCUUCGCCUAUGCGCCUGCCUCGGCCUGGUCUUGUCCGUGCCAGUGCGCAGGCCGCGCUAUUUGAGUAUCUCCAUUCCACCCGGGGGAUGGAGUUCACACUCGCCGAGCACAUGAGCAAGAAUUCCCCGGUGUUCCUUGCCGGCCUCCUGGGCAAUGUGGACACUGGCGGCGGUGUCGAUGUGAGAUGCUCAGUCUCUAGGUUCCUCCAGUACCAGCCUAUCAAUGAGUUUGAGCCCUUCUUGGAGAGCAUUGGGCUGAGCUCGUCAGAGUUGAGGAAGUUCUUGCCAAGUGAUUUGAUAUACCUGAAUGAUGCCGUCGACUUGCUGGAGAAUUACAAAGUACUUUGUGAUUAUGGCGUGCAACGGACCAAGAUUGGUAAUGUGUACAAGGAGGCCAAUGAGGUGUUUGGUUAUGGACGCGGCAUGUUGUACCUGAAACUCCAGCAAUAUGAGCAGCUUGGAUUGAGCAAGACAACAAUCGCCAAGCUUGUAGUUUGUUGCCCCAAGCUCCUGAUUGGCGAGGCCAACCUUGAGUUUCUGCAGGUUUUUGAUAAGCUGAAAGCCUUUGGUAUUAUGUUGGUGUUGUUUAGAGGGGGGUUGUCAGAUAAGAGCAUGCACAACUGGAGCCGAACUCUUAGAAUGCUCGAAUUUCUUGAAAUGACAGGUUCCAACAACAAGGCUCUAUUGGUAAGGCUGAUCAAAGAACAUCCAAGAUUUGUGUUUGGCCAAUCUGGUAAGAGGUUGUAUCUUCUUGUCAGCCUGCUGUGCAAAUUUGGCAUUCGGAUAGAUACCAUGCUGCAGUUGUUCAUGCAGUGCCCAUGGAUUCUAAACUUGGAUUUUCCAAAGAAUCUGCGGAAAUCGGUGAAAUUCUUGUCUCACAUAGGAAUGGAGGCAUUCGACAUUACUCGGGUUGUUUCCACUUGCCCUGAAAUUCUUGGUGCUAGUUCUUGUCAGAGUGUUGCUGAUGUGUUGUCUACCAUGAACAUGUCUGCCGAGAGGUUAUGUGAUAUCCUAAAGGAUGACCCUAUGCAGUUUGGCAAUUUGGUAUCGAAGAAAAAAUUUCCAGCUGUGACAAAGAUGGACAGCUUUUAUCUUGGAGAGAAGGCUGAAUUCUUGCUGAAGAUUGGCUUCAUUGAGAACUCCGACGACAUGUCAAAGGCAAUGUCCCAAUUUCGUGGCCGAAGUGACAAGCUUCAAGAGAGGUUGGAUUGCUUGGUAGAUGCUGGAUUGGACUAUGAGAAUGCCUGCAGCAUCAUCAAAGUGGCCCCACAAAUACUGAACAUGUCAGUGGUUAUGAUCAAGAAAAAACUGAGCUACCUUCUGAAUGACCUUGGAUACACUCUUGAAUAUUUUGUUGCUUUUCCAAUGAUUCUCGGGUACAGUUUGGAAAAGAUGAAGCUAAGAUUCACAAUGUACAAGUGGCUCACCGAAAAUGGUGUCAAAAUCCAACCAACGAGCAAGAACAAGGUAAACAAGUCCAUGGUUGCCUUGAGUACCAUCAUGGCACGUUCAGAUGUCAGGUUUGUGAAUCAAUAUGUGAAUCUUCAUCCUGGUGGACUGGAUCAAUGGGAAAGGUUGAAGAAUCAUGUGAGAAGUAUUCAGUAGGAAUUAAGAGAGAAAUAUUUAAUUUAAUUUUGAAUAGAUAUAUACAUUUCAAUGCUCAGUUGUGUGCAUGGCUAAAAUACAAAUCUUGAACAUCUCCAUAAAAAGCCGUGGCCGAAAACUAAGUUUCUGUAUUUAGAGGUCUGAAAUGUAGAACUUAACUGAAAGACUAGUAGGACAUACUUGGAUGAGGAGGUAUCUCUUUGGAAAGCUCUGGUAUUUAGUUUUUAGUAUUUUGUUAUAGGAGCUACCAGCUUAACACCAUUGUAUAAACUUGAUACUAACAAGUUGACCAGUGGCAUAAGACUUAUGGCCAGUCAGUUUCCAGAUUACAUUUCUUUCGUAA